AUGACGACGACCACACCCGAGAUGAACAAAGCUGGUUACGCUCUUAAGUUUGAUCUUCUCAAGACCUGUUCGCGGUCCAAGGCUCGGGCUGCAAACAUGACUCUUCCACAUGGUGUUGUGGAGACUCCAAUGUUCAUGCCAGUAGCCACCCAAGCAUCGCUCAAGGGUAUUACACCUGAGCAGCUUGAGCAGCUUGACUGUCGUAUCUGCCUGAACAAUACGUAUCACUUGGGGUUGAAACCUGGACAAGAGACAUUGGAUGCGGUUGGUGGUGCACAUAAGUUACAGUCAUGGUCGCGUAAUAUUCUCACGGACUCUGGCGGGUUCCAGAUGGUGUCUUUGUUGAAACUAGCCACCAUUACAGAGGAAGGUGUUAAUUUCCUGAGUCCGCACGACGGAUCACCUAUGCUGCUAACCCCGGAGCAUUCAAUUUCUCUGCAAAACUCGAUUGGCUCGGAUAUCAUUAUGCAGCUGGACGAUGUGGUGGCUACACUAACGACUGGUCCACGCGUCGAGGAGGCCAUGCACCGCAGUGUGAGAUGGCUGGACCGGUGCAUUGCUGCACACAAGCACCCUGAGCGCCAAAACAUAUUUGCCAUUAUCCAAGGUGGGCUUGAUUUGGAUCUACGCCGCAAGUGCUGUGACGAAAUGACAAAGCGAGAUACUCCUGGAAUUGCCAUUGGCGGUCUUUCUGGAGGCGAAGAUAAGGAGUCUUACUGUUCAGUAGUCAAUCUUUGCACCAGUAUUCUUCCAGAAAACAAACCUCGGUACUGCAUGGGUGUGGGUUAUGCUGAAGAUCUUGUUGUCUCGGUUGCACUUGGUGCUGAUCUUUUUGACUGUGUAUAUCCUACACGCACUGCUCGGUUCGGCAAUGCCAUCACCAAACAUGGUGUCAUCAAUUUGAAGAACCGACAGUAUGCGGAUGACUUUGGGCCAUUAGAAGAAGGAUGCCGAUGCCCUGUGUGUCGUCCACGCGCAGACAACAACGGGAUGGGGAUGACACGAGCCAUGAUUGCGCAUUUGGCGGCCAAAGAAACUGCGGGUGCACACCUGCUCACGCUGCACAAUGUGUAUUACCAGUUGAAUCUGAUGCGGACUGCGCGGGCAGCGAUUCUGCGUGAUGAGUACCCAGCAUUUGUGCGUCAAUUUUUCCAUGACUGGUACUCAGGCGACAAGACGCAGUACCCGAAGUGGGCGGUGGAUGCAUUGCGGACAGUUGGGAUUGAAUUGCUUGAGGGCUAG